GUUCUAUUUCAGACAAUGGAGGAAAACAGGGGAUUCCGGGGUAGAGGGGGUAGAGGAGGGCGUAGACCAUGGCGGGGGAGAACAAAGUCACAAAACAGAUCCACAGAUAACAUGGCGGCUUCAGGUACUUCUCAGGAGCAAGCUGAAGACGAGGGAAACCAAGGACGUCAUUCAAUUCCAAUAUAUGACUCCUCAGAGUUUGAGGAUAAUAUUUCUGGCUCGCGAGGAAGGGGGAAUAGAAGAAGGCCAAACUUCAGGGGAAGGGGAUCAGGAGAAAGAGGACACACAUCCCAACGGAGACCAAGAUCUGCAUCCAUCCAAGACAGGGGUGAUAGGCAAGGCAACGGACGAGGCAAUUACAGAGGUCAGCGCUCUAGCAGUAGUUGCAGAAAUGAAGGACACAUGAGGGUCAUGGGGUACAGACGACUGGAGGAGCUUUACAAGGAAGAUGAUCCUGAUGCUGUACUUCUUCAGUUGGUCACAGGCAGGAAUGGAUUUGAAAAGUUAUUAGAUACACAGCUGCAAGGCGAGUGGAUGUUCUUUCUUAUACCCAUUUUAGCAAAAGCAUAUAAAUCCACAAAAGACCAAAACUGCAACGAACUAACUAAGAUAUUGGGUGCAAAACAACUAAUUCCAAUCCACCUCAUACCCUUUUUGGAUAAACUUGAAUUUGAUAUUAUUUCGUUUACUGAUGACCAAAAGACGGGAGACUUGUUAUGGAAUCUGUGUCAACUAACCCUGUGUUUAUUUCAAAAUAUGCAAAACAGCAUUCCAUUUUUAGCCCCAUUUCUGGACAAAUUGGAAAAACUGGCUAAUGAUAAAUACAACUCUAUCUGUAUUUCGUAUUGUCCGAAAAUAUAUACCGAACUUAAAGAUCUUCAGGAGGCAAAAACUGAAAUUCACAAGAACUAUAUCAAGAACUUACACAAAGAGGAAAGACCGAAGAGACGCCCUGAACCAGAGAAUAAGGAGCCACCAGACGAUUUCCACGAUCUUUCCGUACUUCCGACCUUGCAAGACCUACAAUUUAAUCAGAAACCAUUCCUGCGAGUUAACAGAACAAAAGGGGGAUAUAAUGACUUACAACAAUACUUGGAUAUUCAGUUUCGUCUUUUGAGAGAAGAUUACUUGCAUCCUUUGAGAGAAGGUAUUUUAGACUAUCGAAGAGAACUUGAAGAGGCAAAGAGGGUAGGACGAAAACGACAAACAGACAUACGAAUGUAUGAGAAUGUCGAAAUACUUCGUCCUCUGUGCUCAAAACAAGGAGUCAGGCACGUCAUCAGAUUUGACAAUACAAAAUUCGCAACUAUGCGAUGGGAGUCGUCAAGGAGACUAUUGUAUGGGUCAUUGCUUUGUUUAUCGUCAGAUGGUUUCCAAACAAUGCUGUUUGCCACAGUAACUGAACGAAAGGUAGCGGAUUUACAGAACGGUAUAGUGGAGGUUCAGUUUACGGAAGACGCUCACUCUUUUAAUUUAUCAGCAAACCAGUUAUAUGUGAUGGCUGAAACAACAGCAUACUUUGAAGCCUACAGAUACAUUUUGCAAGGACUUCAAGAAGUUGGAAAUGAUAUGCCGUUACAAUCCUCAAUUGUUCAUUGCAAACCCAACGAAAAACCUCCUAGGUAUCUUAUUCAAGCUGGAUCUGUUAUGCCAUAUGACUUCUGCCCCCUUUUACAAAUGGACAAAAAACCAAGAGAAUUUAAAUGCCCCGUUCUUAAUACUAGAAAGUGGCCUUCAGCUAAACAACUCGGAAUGGAUGACUCACAGCAUAAGGCUUUACAGAUGGCCAUAACCAAAGAAAUCGCAAUAAUACAGGGACCUCCUGGUACUGGUAAGACAUAUGUUGGACUCAAAAUUGUACAACUUCUGCUGCACAACAAGGAAAUGUGGACAGAAAAUAGAAAAAUGGAUCCCAUAUUAGUAGUUUGUUACACCAAUCAUGCCUUAGAUCAAUUUCUCGUCGGAAUCUCUGAGUACUCAGAGAAAUUAGUGAGGAUUGGUGGGAGGUGUAAAACAGAAGAGUUAGAGGAAUAUUCCUUGCAAAAAUACCGAAUGAAAGCCCGUGAAGACAAAUCGAUUUCAAGAACUAUCCACGAGAAAAAAAGUGAAUGCCGCAUGAACAUGGCAAACUGCAGUGAUAAAAUAGAGCUGGUAAGCGAGAAAUUAAAAUGCGCAAAACAAGGAAUUCUUCGUCUAACUGAACUUUCCCAAUUUAUGGAUGAUGUGCAUGUUAACAGCUUCAAACUUGAUUCAGAGAGUGAAAGUCAGCGUGCCAGUAUUGAUGAGUGGCUCGGAUUUGAUGUUAAUAUGAUGGAAAAUUCUCACGAAAGUGAUGAAGAUAAACAUAAAAAUAUGCUGAUGAUUGAAUGGGAAAACGAACUAUCUAACGGAUCAAAGGUUGAAAGAAUGAAAAAAGACGAAGCUUACCUUGUCAAACAUCCAUGGCAGCUCAAGUUGCACGAGAGAGGGGCUCUAUACAAGUGUCUUCUUAAAGAGUUUCAGGAUUUCCUCGGUAAUCGAAUUACUUUAUUGAAUAAUGACGCUAUCAGAACUAGAAAAGCAAAAUCGUCAAAAAGCCCCAAACCACAGGAAGAGAUUAACAGCUACUUAAAUUUGCUUACGAAUUCUGAAAAAUAUAUUGUAGAAGUAAAGUAUCUUAUAGACUUCAUGCCAAAAUAUUUUAAGCGAAUACCAAAGAUGAUACAAGAGGAAGGGAGCAUCAUUGACUGGUUGUGUUUAGAUGGCUCGCCAGAAAACUGCCAUCGAAUAGCUGAAGUGUUGCUUGAGGAAUACUUGGAUGCAAAAGAAGAGGCUGAAUAUGAAAACGAAGAAAGAAGACUCGAAGAAGAAGAUAUUGAAGACGAUGAUGAAUUGAAAUUUUUUUCUGGAUAUAGCCAAAAUAAUGAAAAAGAUGAAACGUCUUCAAAGAAUUUAAGUGAUGCGUCUUUUGCAAUACUUUACAGUAAAGUUGACAGAUCACAAGACACAAAUGGGUGGGCUGUUCAGAUAAGUCGAAACAAACUCCGAAAAAAUUUGAAGAAAAUUAUAGACAGUAAUGAUAUCAUGAGCACAUCAGAGGUAGCAAAAGUGAAUGAUGUAUGGAAACUGAAACCCUUUGCACGUCAAAGACUGUAUCGUUAUUGGCUGAGUUGUUAUAUCACCUAUAUGAAAGGGUCCAUACAAGAAGCAGAAAAACAAUACGACGAUCUCUGUAAAGGAUAUAGAGAGGUUUUAGAUGCAGAAGAUGUGGAGAUAAUGCGGGGAGCAGAUGUGAUAGGAAUGACAACAACUGGUGCUGCAAAAUAUCGAAAUAUCUUACAGUCAAUAAGGCCAAAGAUAAUCAUUGUCGAAGAAGCUGCAGAGGUUCUUGAGUCUCAUAUUGUCACAACGAUAAAUUCAAACUGCCAGCAUCUUAUACUCAUUGGCGAUCACAAACAAUUACGACCAACACCAACUGUUUACUUUCUUGCCAAGAAGUAUAACCUUGACUUAUCAUUGUUCGAGAGAAUGGUUAACAAUGAUCUAAACUACGUGACGCUUGGAAUACAACAUAGAAUGCGGCCAGAAAUAUCCAUUUUGAUGAGGUAUGAACAUCUCUAUCCGGACCUCGAUGACCAUGAGGACGUCAAAGUCUAUGAGCAUGUAAAGGGUGUUACAUCAGAUGUGUACUUCUUAAAUCACAGUGAACCAGAAACGGACAAUAGAGAGACAAAGAGUAAGUCCAAUAUUCACGAGGCAAAAUUCGUCAAACGGCUGUGCAGGUAUUUUCUUCAGCAAGACUAUGAGAGAGGUCAGAUUACCAUUCUCACUGCCUACACUGGGCAAAUACUUGCUCUAAAAAAAGAGAUGCCGAAAAACGAAUUCGAAGGAGUCCGCAUUACGUCAAUCGAUAAUUUUCAAGGAGAAGAAAAUGACAUUAUUAUCCUUUCACUUGUUCGAAGUAAUAGCAUGGGAAUUACUGGGUUCCUAAAAAUAGAUAACAGAAUUUGUGUUGCCUUGUCAAGAGCUCGCAAAGGACUAUUUGUUAUAGGAAAUUUUGAACUUCUUUGUUCCGAGAGCGAAUUAUGGAGGUAUGUUGUAAAUUUAAUGAAAGAUAGAAAUAGUUUUGGAAAAAGCUUGAUUCUACAAUGUGGAAAUCAUCCAGGAAAUAGUGCAGAAGUAAGCCGAGAUUCCGACUUUGAUCAAGUGUCAAAUGGUGGUUGUUAUCUGCCUUGUAAUUUUAUUCUCAAUUGCUCUCACAAGUGUGGACAAAUUUGCCAUGUUUCAGACCCUAAACACGAACUAUACAAGUGUUUACAGCCAUGUCUGAAAAAAUGUGACAAUGGACAUUUCUGCCAACGAAAAUGUUUUCAGGAUUGUGAAGCUUGUAAGGUUAAAGUUAAAAAGACCAUACCAUCGUGCGGACACGUCGAAAAUGUUCCAUGCUCUGUCAAUGAAGAUCAAUGGUCUUGUAAAGCACCAUGUAACACAAUUCUUCCAUGUAUUCACAUCUGCAAAGGAGCUUGUGGAAACUGCAGGACGCAAAACACCCAUGCGCAGUGUUUAGAACCUUGCAAAAAGCGACUGUCUUGCGGACACAUUAUUGAUGCGAAAUGUUCCGAUGAUGAAAAAAGUCUAAUCUGCAAGUCACCAUGUAAUAGUAAGCUUGAAUGCGGACAUUUGUGCACUGGAACUUGUAACGCAUGUCAGCAAGGUCGCUUGCACAUUCCAUGCCAAUCUAAGAGCGAUGGAAAACGUCUGUCCUGUGGGCAUAUUAUCGAUGCUAUAUGUUCUGCAGAUGAAGAAAAUCUCGUCUGCAUGAAACCAUGUGGUGGUAAGCUGGAAUGCGGACAUGUUUGUAGUGGAAGUUGUAAUGAUUGUCAACAAGGUCGCUUACACAUUCCCUGUCAAUCUAAGUGCAAUCGAAAACUUAUCUGUGGUCACAAAUGCUUAGCCCUCUGUGUCAAAGGUUGUCCUCCUUGUGACCAAAAAUGUCAAACUGAGUGUGAGCAUACAAAAUGCAUGUCAAAAUGCAGCGAUCCUUGUGAAGAUUGUAGAAACCCUUGUUCUCGGCGCUGCAUACAUCAGGCAUGUGAAAAAUUUUGCAGUGAAAAGUGUAUUAAAUUACCCUGCUCCCGAAACUGCAAUAAAACGCUUUCAUGCGGUCAUGCCUGUCUAGGUAUUUGUGGCGAAAGUUGUCCACAGAUGUGUACUGAUUGCCACUUGUUAACAUUCCAGGAUUCGUCAUGCGAAAUAGACAAGGGUGUUCGUUUGGUCACUCUUAACGAUUGUAAUCAUACGUUUUGCGUCGAUUCCCUGGAUAGAUACAUGUUUAAUAGGAGUUCGUCAGUUGCAUUGACAUUGCCACAAUGUCCAAUAUGUUUUGCUCAUAUAAAGAAAAGUGUGAGAUAUAAACAUGUUGUUGAAGAAUUAAGGAACGAUAUGAAAACCAUAAAAAGGAGAAUACACGAAGAAAAGACUUCAUCUUGGAAAAUCAAACUAAAAUAUGUAAAAGAAAAGGUGACGAUGUUGAAGGCAAAAGACUCAGAAGCUGUUGGUUUCAUAGUUAAACAACUCAACGAGGGCAAGACAGAGCUCUUUGAAAGAGUUGAAUUUGCACAUGCGCAAGUAAUCAUUUUGGAAAUAAUUUACAGUAUCUACCGAAGUAUUUUAGAAUCUGUCAUUGAAAAUACAAAAGAAGAAAAACUGAUUGGGUUACAGUUAAAAAGAAUUCGUCAAUGGUUAUUCGAAAGUCGUCGGACUAUAACAAAGAAGAAAACAAAGACAGUACAACUCCAAACUAGAUAUUGCUUCUCUAGGCAGGAGCUCUCUGAGGUACGUCUAGAGUUAUUGAGACUGGCAUACCUGGUUCAAUUUCUAAAGUUCACCGAAUCUGGUGGAUUAAAAUGCACAACAGAACUUCAAGAACUGUUUAAAAAGUCUCCAUUUUCAGAAACAAAAUGUACCCGCAUCCGAUUGUCGGCGAGAGUUUAUGGAAUUGGAUUUGAUGAAGGACUUUUUAAUGACUUGGUCAGCCCUGAUGUAUUACAGCACUAUAGAAUAUGGCAAUAUGGGAAUUGGUUUAAAUGUAGAAGUGGACACAUUUCGAAUACAGAUCAAGACCAAACCAAGUGCCCCUCGUGUGAAAUAGUCAUUGGUAUGAAGGUAUGUCAUGAAGUUAUUCCUCCCAAACUGAUUGUGUCGGUGCCAAAGCCAGAUGAUCGGAAAAAGAAAGCAGCGAGUUCGCUUGAUGAUAUAAUUCAGAAACAAAUGGAAAUGAUGGAAAGUCCGCAAACUGUUGGAAAAGAGAUAGAUAAAUCAAAUUCUCUUGCAAGUUCUCAGCCAGAUUCUACUUUUAAGAGUCUCUAUGAAAGAAAUAUUUCUAAAAAGGUAACUGAAAGUUCGCACGAGGAGAACACUGAUGUUAGUUUGUUGCCUAAAAAUGUAGAAAAUAAAGCAAGUGCCAUCCUUUCUUGGCAAAAGGUUUCACAAAAUCAAGAAUGCAGAAAACCCGACACUGACUAUUCUAUGGUUUCUAAUGAUUCAGAGUAUCCUACUGAAGUUAAAAAAUGGGCUGUACACAGCAAUAGAAUUUCAACAGAUGGGAAUAUCCCUAUGGAAAACAAGCAGACUUCAUUAAAAAGUUUUCAACUAGCUUCUCUGGCCGAGGCUCUGAGCAGACCAGAAAUGAAGUAUGUUCAGCAAAAGACUGACUCCACUACACGAAAAAUUCAAAACGAGAUCCCCAAUCCUACAAACGUUUCAGGCUAUAAGUCUGCUUCAUCCGGCGGUGAUCAAGAAUUGACCAAAAAGGUUUAUGGUACGAAGGAAUUAUUAAGAUUUAAAGAAAAACAAGGUGCAGGGUUUGCAGAAAGAAAAUUGCAGGAGAGACAAGAAGAGGAUAUGGAUGUUGAUUACGCUGAUGUGAGUGUUCGGCAGGCUUUAGGGGGAGCACGCACUUAUACCAAAAGCAGCAAGUCUGGUUAUACCAAAAGCAGCAAGUCUGUACGUAGCCCUAUUGAUUUGGACAUACAGUAUGACGACCUUGCUAAGGAGAGGGGAGCCCAAGUCGCAGUUAUCAAGUCUGAAGGAAAAGAAAACCAACGUAAGGAACCGGAGAUUGAAAAGCCUUCAAAACCAGAUGUAUACCAACCAGAUGUAUACCAACCAAGGGGUCUACGGAGACGUGAAUGUCCUAAAGGUCAUAUGCUGUUUAGGGAGGAUGAAAAGUGCCGAUGGUGUGAUCCAUUUCGAGAUAGUCCUGUCUAAAAAAAGUUCUGCAAACGAGACAGGCCCAUGUGAAGUAUCAAGGCAAAAUACUUUGCAUUGCAUUACAUAUUUACCUUUAUUCGUGAUUAAAUUUAAAAUUAUUCUUAAGUUAAGACUUAAAACAUUCCAUUAAGUUCUUUGUUAUGUGUAGUUUAUAUUUUAUUGCAUAUAUUUUUAAUAGAAAUCUGAAUCUUAGAUGUAUGGCAAAAAAUUGGUAAGGGGAUGUUAGCGCUAAUUGCCUUAUUUUUUGGUUGAACCAUAAAAUGUUUAUGUUAAGAAAAAUAAGACGUCAUGCUGUAGUUAUUUAAAGAAAUAUGAACUAUCAGUUCCUUAGCAAUGGUUAUAGGGAUUAACCUGUCAUUUUUAAAUAAAACACAACCUACAAGUUGCAAGUGAAAUAACGACGAAGUUAAAAACCAGUACUGUCAUUCAAAGUACGUGUACAUUUGUGAUGAUUUUGCAUUAAAUACAUGUAAAACUGUAUAAUCAGUUAUUCAUAGGAAAGAGUAGCUUUGAAAAACUAAAUGAUACAAGAUUAAAAUUAAAGCUAACUUAUACACAAACGUUUGGUUUUUUAGCCAUUCUAUAAACCUUUUGGUCAGAGAUAGAGAUAGAGGGGGUGAUGGGCGGCUAAAGAGAGUGAAAGCAAUAAUUUGUAAAAUUAAUAUUUAAAUAAACUCUCAUAUAUUACAUUCCCACUCAAUAUUGAAAUACAUAUCAUUUAUUCUGAAGCAAAAGAGCCUAUAUUAUAUCCAAAUGCGUAAGCUAGUUAAGAAAGGGACAGGAAGAAAUCACAAAUUAAAUGAAAUAAUUAUAUGUAAGUGAGAACAAAACAUGAUUAAUUGGGGGAGGGAUGGGGUGAACAAGUGGCAAGUUAGUAUGUAUGAAUAGUAUUGAUUUAAAAAAAAAUUGUUGGAUUAAGAAAUUAAUAAAUGAAAAAUGAAAAUAACAAACUGUCAACCAUCUCAAAAAUCCAUUAAUUUAUUUUUAAAUAAAUUUAGACAUGAUAUCGUAUCUCAAAUUGCUAUUGUGCAAUUGUGCGAUGUAACCAAUGGGCGCCUUGUAAAAUAAUUUUUUAUGUAAAUUCCUGUGUGGUUCAGCUAGAGUAGAGGAAAUUCUUCAGAAAUUUAUUAAACCAAUUUUUUAAAGAAAUUUUCUAGUAGAUUAUUAAUGAGACAAUUUUGAAUUACGAAAAUAUAUUUUACUGGUCUUUAACUAUUGAUUCAGAAAUGAAAUGAAAUGAUUUGUAACCGAUCUUAUAUAGUGAUUUAAUUUAUCGUUUAAUAUAAUUCUAGCAUCAUCCAAGACUUUUUCAGACAAUUUAAUCCAAUUUUUUGUGCUUUUAAAUAAAUAUGCGCUAUGCACGUAUCAUCGGGCGGGGUACCUUUUUAAACUAUAUUUUUUUUUCUUAUAUUUAUUAUAAACAAAAAAAUACAAAUUAAAUGGCCUCUCAAUUUCUGUAUGGUCCCUCCACUCGCUACGAUCAUACGUGCCUAUGCAGAUUUGUGGGAUGACUGAAGUUGCACAUAUUUAACUAGUACAAGUAUAUGUUUUUCUUUUUAUUAUCAAUAUUUUUAAUUUCUUUCAGUUUAAAAAACAAAUCUCAAGUUCAGAUAAUGUAUAUAAAGAAGGGUUGAUCCAAAAGUGAUGUAAAGUGGUAAAAUCGUAAAAAAAUCGGCGUAAAGUGACAAUUUUUCCUGUUUUGAGAUACUAUUUCUAUGCAGAUUUGAAAACUUUAAUGCAGAAGAAUGAUAAUUACUUAUAUAUAUAUAUAUAUAUAUAUAUAUAUAUAUAUAUAUAUAUAUAUAUAUAUAUAUAUAUAUAUAUAUAUAUAUAUAUAUAUCGCACGUUAGCGAAAGUUUUGAUGUUUUAUUGACAUUCAUACAAUUAUACAAAACAGCGCUCAUGAGAAGAGUGAUGCAUUGUGCGACAUUAUUUUUGGAUCAACCCUUGUAAAACUAAUGUCAUACUAUGCACCUAUAUGUAGCUGCAGAACUGUAGCUCCACGGUCCAUUAACCCGAAUUUCUCAUGGAGCUGCACUGCCUCUGCUACAGUUACAUAGCGUGAUAUAACGUGUUGAUCAACUUGUAUCGUUGAAUAUCACUUGGAAGUAAAUGUUUAAAUUAAAGUGAAUAAAACUGUUAUUGUUGUUUGUCAAAUAUGUCACCGUAUAAAAUAAACACUUGAAGUUU